UCUACCAUCUGGAAACCUGCAAAUAAGGUGGAUACCAGUGUUGGGGGAGAAGAUACAGACAGUUCAUAGAAGUUUUUUGCUGCCUAUGCCUGUUUGCUGACUUCAACAACACUGCUGGCUGGUUGACUGCUGGUCACUGACAAGAUCCUUCACGAGUCCCUGCCAAAGACAAGGAGUAACCCAACAGUCUGCUGCUUCCUCUGUGUCAACAGGCAACAUGGCAGAGUCCAGAUACCAAGUCAUGGACUUCCUGCAAAGACACAGGGAUCAGAUCAUCGAGCAGGUGAGGUGGACCGGGCCAAUAGUGGAAGCUGCAGUCUCACAGCACCUGAUCCCAGAAGAGAUGAUGCAUGAGGUCCAACGCACAGUGUCUACUCAGGAGGUGAUGAGAAUGGUUUUCGAGGCCCUAGAAUCAGAACCACCGCAGCAGAGAGAUGCCUUCUACCAAAUACUGAAGCAGAUGGAACCUGCACUCAUCCAAGAGCUGGAAAACAGAGAAGCAGAACACAGGCAAGAAGAGACGAAGGCAGAAAUGGGGCUGAGCUAUGGGAAGAGCAAGAAACAGGAAGAAAAGAUGGCAAAACUGCAGGCUGAGACGCAGAGAAGGAAGGAUACAUUGAAGAGAAGGAGACUAGAGACAGUGAGAGCGAUAGAAGAAAUUGAAAGACUGUGGGAAGGGACUAGUAGGGAGAUGAGUGAGAUGGAGCAGAUGAGAGUGAAGAUUCAGAGACAGAAUGAGGAAAUUAAAACCACCCUAGAGGAGAAAAGACAACUACAAACCAAGAUCGAACAAAUGAAGCUUGAGAUACAGCGAAUGAAAGAAGAGAUGGAGCAAAGCAGGAAAGAGACAAAGCUUGAGAGGGAAAGGACAGAAAGGAUGAAAGCGGAGAUAAUGACAGAUAAAACAACCUUGGAAAGAAGAACAGAUGAGACAAGGAGAGAGAGAGAAGAGUUGGAACGGAUCAAGUAUGAAGUACUAAGAGCGAGAGAAGAGAUGGAGCAAAGCAAUGAAGUGACCAAACGAGAGAAGGACAAGAUGGAACAGAUGAAAUCUGAGAUACAGCAACAGAUAGAAGAAAUAGAGCAGAGGGUUGAGGAGACUAAAAAAGCAAAAGACAAGAUGGAACAGAUGAAGCUAGACAUACAACGAGAGAGAGACGACUUGGAGAGAAGGAGGGAUGACACCAGGAGGCAGAUGGAACACUUUGAGCAGAUAAAGUAUGAGAUCACUAGAGUGAAAGAAGAGAUGGAAAAAAGGUGGUACGAGACAGAAAAAGAGGAGCUGGAACAGCGAACUGGAAUACAGCGGGAGAAAGAAGAGCUGGAGCAGAUGAAAGCUGAGAUCCAGAGAGCAGAAGAGGAGCUAGAGCAAAGCAGAGAACUGACAAAGCAAGAGAAGGACAUGAUUGAAAGAAUGAAAGCAGAGAUAUAUACAGAGAGGUAUGCGGUGGAGAAAAGUAAAAAUGAGACAAUGAGAGAAAGGGAAGAGUUGGAGCAAAUGAAAUGUGAGAUACUACAAGCAAGGGGAGAGAUGGAAGAGAGCAAGGAACUGAUGAAGAAGGAGAAGGAAGAGAUAAAUCUGAUGAAAGCUAAGAUGCAAGAACAGAUGAAGGAAAUAGAAAACAGGAUAAAGGAGACAAAACAAGCAAAAGACAAAGUGGAACAGACAAAGGCAGAGAUAGAGUUGGAAAAAAUAAUGCUGGAAAAGCAAAGACAUGAAACAGGGAGAGCCAAAGAAGAGAUAGAGAAAAGACGGUAUGAGACAAUGAAAGAAGAACUGGAACAGAGGGCUGCAAUACAGAGAGGGAAAGAGGAACUAGAAAAGAUCAGAACUGAGAUACAGAGAGCAAAAGAUAUGGAAAAAUUAAGAGAUCAGCAAGAGAAAGAAGCAAUCCAUCAAAUGAGGGAAGUGAUACAGCGAGAGAAAGACAAGAUUGAAUAUAUGAGGGCUGAGACAAAGAGAGAAAGGGAUGCUUUGGAGAGGAUACGGGAAGAGACAAUGAGAGAAAAAGAAAGCUUGGAACUUCUGAAGAAUGAGAUACAGACAGCAAGAGAAGAGAUGGAGCAAAAUAGGAGAGAGACACAACGAGAAAAGGACGAGAUAGAAAAAAUGAAAUCUGUUAUACAGAGACAGAUACAAGAAAUAGAACAGAGGAUUGAAGAGACAAAACAAGUAAAAGACAAUAUGGAAAGGAUGAAGGCAGAGGUAGAGAGAAAAAGAGAUGAUUUGGAAAUACAGAGGGAUGAAACAUGGACAGAAAGGAUUCCAUUUCAAACGGUCAAGUAUGAAAUUGACAGACUGAAAGAAAAGGUGAUGAAGCUUUGGGAUGAGACCGAAAGAGAAUUGCUGGAGGAGAUGGCUAGAUUAGAGAGAGAAAAAGAAGAGCUGGAAAACAAAAUGGAAAAACUUAAGAGGGAGAUGGAUGAGAUGGAAGAGAUAAAGGUUGAGCUAGAGAAACAGAAAGAAGAAAUUGAAGUCUGGAUGGAGAUGCAAAAGAGAGAGAUGGAAAAAAUGCAAGAGAUGAAGGCUGAGAUAGAGAGACAGAGAGAACAAUUUGAAAAUAGGAUGGCAGAGGCAAAAAGUGAGAAGGAAAAGAUGGAGAAGAUGAUGGCUGAGGUACAAAGAAAGACGGAAGAACUGGAAAGGAGGAUGGAAUGGACAAAGAUAAAGAAGAAGGAGAUAGAAGAGAUGAAGAGUGAGAUACAAAGACAGAGAGAGGAAGUAGAAAAGCAGAGAGAAGGGACAAAGACGGAGAAGGACAUUAUUGAACGGAUGAAGGCAGAGAUACUGAGAGAAAGAGAAGAAAUUGAAAAGAACAAGGAUGAGAUAAGGAGGAAGAAGGAAGAGAUGGAACUGAUGAAAGCAGAGAUUGAAAGAAGAACAGAAGAAAUGGAUGGCGCCAGAAAAGACACAAAGACAGUCAUGGAUACGGUGGAAAAGAUGAAGAUUGAGGUAGAGAAAAAGGAACAAACUAUAGAAAACCAAACACAGGUUACAAGGACGGAAAAGGAAAAAAUGGAAAUGAUGAAAGCGGAAAUGAAACAAGAGAAAGAAAUAAUGAAGGAAAAGAUGGAAAAAAUGACUGAGGAGAAGGCAGAAAUUGAAUACAUCAAGGCAGAGACAAAGAGGCAGCUGGAGGACACUGAAUACAUGAGGAAAAGCAUAAUGAGGAAAAAACAUGAAAUGGAACUGAUGGAGGCUGAGAUGCAGAAACAAACACAGACGAUA